GAAUUUGUAUUUUUCGGUUUUAAAAUAUUUACAAAACUAUUGCGUGUGUUUUAUGCUUUCUUAAAUAUUCUCUAAAUUUUGAGUGAUACAUGUAGUUGUUCUGGAAUUUGGAAGUUGCGAUGAUAUGUGUUGAAAAAUCUACGUGUUAUUUUAUGUGAUAAGAUGGUGAACGAGUAGACGGAUCACCUGAUGGUAAGCGAUCAGUGGAGAUGAACAACAUCAGACAUUACAAAUAUCAGGGGAAGUGCAAAUGAGGAGCUUCAUCAUCAUCACAGUGCUGUCAGCACUCGCUGCCUGCUAUGGUGCCGCUGUACUCCCGAGUGGGGAUGAAAAUUAUACAGAAGAUCAAGUGAUACAGAAGUACAAUAGGGAUGAUGAUGUUCAAAACAGAAUCACCAUGCUUGGUGAACAAAAGAGAUAUGUUGAGAGCGACGACGAUCUAGUCUUCUUACACGAACGACGGUUUCUAAAGAACGCGGUUCCCGAUGCGAUUGAAAAUGUGGAUAUUUUAUACUAUGCCCAGCCCAACACAGUGAUAAAAACAAUCCUUGUGACAUCAUCACCACCCCCAUCCUCGGUGUUCCCUGUUUGGCACCUCGAUAAUUACAUCUCUGUUAGAAUAUCGUCACAGAGAGGUUGUGCACUUAAUGGGACAGUUCGAUUCUAUGGGACAUUGUAAGAUAAUCUAUAUACUAAUACUUACUAUAUUUAAUAAAUAAAGCUGAAGAAAUUGUUUGUUUGUUUGUUUGUUUGACCGCGCUAAUCUCCGGAAUUACUGGUCGUCUUAUAUUGUCUAUUGUCAAUACAAUGUACACCCACAUUUCACAAUAUAUGUUGAAAGUCCCUUGUAAAUCGGGUAAAGGUUGUAAAUAGGUAAAUGGUAAUUGGUAAUGUAAAGGUCGACUGGUAGAGAUUGCCAAAUUGGCAUUAAGUUCACCUUUGUAUAAUGUACAUAAAGUGUAAAAUAAAUAAAUAAAUCGAAAUGUGUGUCCGGUGUAUGGCAACAGACUCACAUUGUAAGGUCAGAGCGAAAUCCUGAGUGGAGUACCUAAGUGAUAAUAGGUAUAUGACUUAUUUUCUAUUUCAAUAGCCUCUUAAAGAUUAUUUUAAUAUAUUAGACACGUAUUAAAUUUUAUUAAUACUUUCGAAGACAUAUUAUUUUGAAAUAUCGCUUGACGUCACUUCUAGGUACGUUUUAUACGUAGAAAUGACGUAUUUGCUUCCACUCCUAAACUUUGAUUCGUUUUAUUUAAGUAUUGUUAUCUUAUAUGACAGAAUAAAGAAAUACAUGUGCAAUAACAUAUUUUCAUUACUUAACUGAUAGACUUAGUAGUUACAUUUUUAAUUUUCAUAACCCGUCAUCACCCUUAGUAUCAUAAUUGUUUUUUUUUUAGCCUUUUGUUUGUGUGUCUAUUCUAUUUAUUUAAAUAUCUGUGUGUCCUAUUGAAAUAAAUAAAAAUAGAUUAAAAUACC